CUCAUUCUUGCUCAUCACACUCGCCAUGGCUGCUGCUCGGACGCUUCGCAUAGGUCUCAUUCCCGGUGAUGGUAUCGGACGGGAGGUCAUUCCGGCCGGUAGACGGAUCCUGGAAUCCCUGCCCUCUUCUCUCAACCUGAAGUUCAGCUUCGUGGACCUGGAUGCGGGUUACGACACCUUCAAGGCCACCGGAACUGCGCUGCCCGACAAGACCGUGGAUACUCUGAAGAAGGAGUGUGAUGGAGCUCUGUUCGGUGCUGUCAGCUCCCCCAGCACCAAGGUGGCCGGCUACUCGUCUCCGAUUGUCGCCCUCCGCAAGAAGCUGGACCUCUACGCCAACGUCCGACCGGUCAAGUCCACCACCGGUGGCAGCCACGGCAACCCCAUUGACCUGGUGAUUGUGCGUGAGAACACCGAGGACCUGUACGUCAAGGAGGAGCAGAGCCGGGACACCCCCAACGGCAAGGUGGCCGAGGCCAUCAAGCGGAUCUCCGAGAGCGCCUCGUCGCGCAUCUCCACCAUCGCCGGUGAGAUCGCUCUGCGCCGCCAGAAGAUCCGCGACGUGGCACCCACGCCCGCUCUGCGCACCAACCCCCUGGUGACCAUCACCCACAAGUCCAACGUGCUGUCGCAGACCGACGGCCUGUUCCGCGAGACGGCCCGCAAGGCCCUCGCCGCCCAGCGCUUCUCCUCCGUCGAGGUGGAGGAGCAGAUCGUCGACUCGAUGGUCUACAAGCUCUUCCGCCAGCCCGAGUACUACGACGUCAUCGUCGCCCCCAACCUGUACGGCGACAUCCUGUCCGACGGCGCCGCCGCUCUGGUCGGCAGUCUGGGUCUGGUGCCCAGUGCCAACGUUGGUGACGGCUUUGCCAUCGGUGAGCCCUGCCACGGCAGUGCCCCUGACAUCGAGGGCAAGGGCAUCGCCAACCCCAUCGCCACGCUGCGCAGUGUGGCGCUGAUGCUGGAGUUCUUGGGCGAGGAGAGCGCCGCCGCCAAGAUCUACACGGCCGUCGACGGCAACCUGGACGAGGGCAAGUACCUUUCGCCCGACAUGGGCGGAAAGGCCAGCACUCAGGACGUGCUGAACGACGUGCUGAAGAGACUGUAAGAGGAUGUACAAUGUAAAGAGUAGAUAAAAUGUAUGAAUUUGUGAC